GUCGGAAACGCAAACGUGCGAAAUAAGUCGCAAUAACUUCGCCCAAAGGCACACAGUGAAGAAGACAUAAUGGAAGAACUACUCCAGGACUAAGAGUACCGUUGCUUCAAUUAACGUUUUGUCCCUUGCAAGUGUCCAUGCCUCCGCAUUGGAAUAUUGCAUUCUAUAGAUUGUGAAGAGACACAAGUUUCGUAUUUAUAGGCCUCCCCCAGAGACUAUCACUGGCCCCGCCCUGCACAUCACACGGUCGAGACAACAAUGGGCGAAUCCGUCAACCAGACAACCCCGUCGCCCUCCUUUUGCGGCGCGGCAACAUCGGCCGAUAUUCGCGUCCAAGGGGUCGACUACCUCCAGCAAUCCUGCCCCCUGAACGCCGUCUACUCCGUCUCCCACGCCGUCCUCAUCCUCCUGUCGGCCGCGGUCCUCCUCCGCAAGCGGUUCUACAACCCGGAGGUCGUCCAGCUGUACUCCUCGACCUCCCCGACCCUGCUCCGUCUCCGCUACCCAUUUCACGACAUCCGGUGGCUGCUGAUGCUGGCCCUGGUUCUGGUCACCUUCGUUCAGGUCGGGGAGGGGGUCCUGACCGACACCUUGGUCCUGGAUGGGGGCGCCCACCCUCAACUCUUCGUGCCAGGCCUGCUUGCCCUGGUCGGGGCGAUCGCCUUUAUGGUCUAUUACAAUUACACAGAACUGUGGGAUCGUCCAAAAAUGCUGUGGCUACAGGUGGUGUACUGGCUGGUAGCUAUCGUUAACGAGAAGCUUCGUUUUCACGAUCUGAGACGGAUUCCCGAGGUGAACCUGACAGUGCUGAAGUAUGACAUCACGCUGAUGAUGCUAAUGAUUUACAUCGCGUUCGCCGUUAUGGACGGCUAUCUUAUUAUCAAUAGAAUAAUUCUCAAUAACAAACUGACGGUGUGGACGUAUGGCACGCCCACCUACGCCGUUGAUGCCAUGAAUCCCAACAUCAAAUACCGGAACCUUUUCAGCAACUACGCUUCCUCGAUUUCGCUCUGGUGGCUCCAGAAACUCUUCAAGCUCGGGUACAAGCGCCCUCUGGAGAUACCCGACCUUGGAGAGUUGCCCACCCACUUCAAAACGGACGUGUGCGUGGACGAGCUUCAGGCAGAGAUUGCCAACGAUUUGAUGAGCAAGGACUCUGUCAACAUCGAAGAUGCCAAUUUCACAAAGAUCUACACCAGACUCCACGGUGGUCCGAGCGCGGUUGCUGGGCUCCAACGGUUGGCCGGGAUCUUGAUGACGUUAGCCGGCCCGCUGCUUCUGCAGAAAGUCAUUGACCAAAUUACGCUGGCGUUCCAAAAUAAUCCCAAACCCAUUGAUAAGGACGCCGGAUACAUCUCUGUGCCUGACGCCGUCCAGAAUGUCUUUGCCCUCGUGGUCUUACUCUUCAUCCUGAAUUUCGUGUCUGUCGUCCUGACCCAGAGGCACUCGCAGACCAUGUUUCACGUUGGCACCAAAGUUCGCUCCGCCAUACAGGGCUCAGUCUACCUGAAAUCCCAACAGCUUUCUGUCACCGCCCUGAGCAGCCCAGAUAUGAGCUCUGGACAGAUCACCAAUCACAUUGGAACGGAUCCUAUAAAUAUGCAGUUGUUCUUCAUGUUUGUCCAUACACUUUGGACCGCACCUAUACAGUUAAUUGUGAUGUUGGGCCUGCUUUAUAGCAUCGUGGGACCGGCAGCGCUUGUUGGUGCCUUGAGCUUUCUCUUCGCCACGGUGAUACAGGCAGUAGUGGCCAAAUUCAUCGGCAAAUACCAAGCACGAGUUAUGGGCCAUUCGGACAGCCGCCUGAAGGGCACCAACGAACUCCUGCAGGGCAUCAAGCUAGUCAAGCUCAACGGCUGGGAGAAGAAAUUUCAAGAUCGCAUCAACGAGUCCAGAGACAGGGAGCUGAGGGAGCUCCACAAAGUCGCUGGGCUCUCCAGCAGCAUGACUCCUCUAGCUCUUGCUGCCUUAUCCUUUGCCAUUAUUGUGACCUUUGCCAUCUACUACGUCAUCGAGAACGAGCCCCUGACCCCACAGAUCCUCUUCCCCGCCCUCUCCCUCUUCCAAGCCAUGUCCGGGCCUCUGAUGCUCAUACCCACCGCCAUCAUGUUCACCAUCAACGCCUUCAUCAGCCACAAGCGGAUCAAGAAGUUCUUGCAGGCCCCCGAGGUUGAAGACAAGAUCGAGGGAAAGUUCAACUUCACGAUGGUGGCGGCGAAAGACACCUGUCACAGCGGAGUGCACAAGCAUGAUGAGUUAAUGAACCGUCUGAAAGAUGCCGGAGCAUCCUACGGUACCUUUGAUAGUACUCCAUCCGUAGCCGCUGCUCCCCGACCGGAUAGGCUUCCUGCUAACGUAGCCAUGAAGAUAACGAAUGGAAGCUUUGCUUGGGAAGAUGCUGCCGCGCCAAACCUAACGGAUAUCAACAUCGAAAUACCAGCUGGCAAGUUGACAGCCGUGGUCGGGGAAGUGGGCAGUGGCAAGUCCUCCCUAUGCGCAGCCUUGCUGGGGGAGAUGAAGACUUUGUCAGGAGAGGUCAUAUGGAAUAGCGAGAAGCAUUCAAUAGCCUACGCAAGCCAGAAAGCGUGGCUGGUCAACGCUUCGAUGAAAGACAACGUUAUUUUCGGGACGCCUAUUGACGAGCAGAGAUAUAAUCGAGUCAUCGAUGUCUGCGGUCUGCGUCAGGACAUCGAUAUGCUUCCCGCGGGGGACAGGACGGAGAUUGGAGAGAAGGGAAUUAACCUGAGCGGUGGGCAGAAGCAACGGGUCAGUUUGGCCAGGGCUGUUUACAGUCACGCUGCUAUCGUUAUGCUGGAUGAUCCAAUGUCUGCUUUGGAUGCCCACGUUGGCUCGCACGUCUUCAAGGAAGCCUUGAAGAACUUUCUUAUCGAGGAGGGCAGAUCCGUCAUCUUGGUCACGCACCAGACCCAGUUCCUGCCAGAGGUUGCGUACGUCAUCAUCAUGCGAAACGGGACCGUUUGGAGCCGGGGCACUCCCGACGAGAUCAAGGAGUCCGACCCUGCCCUGUACGAAAGCUGGGUAACCGCUGCGACAGCCACCAAGGAGCUUGCGGCGGCGGAGGCGUCGGAAAGGGACCAAGGGAUAGACAAGGAGAUUCAGGCUUUGCGGGAGCAGAUCAAAGAGCGAGAGAAAGAGCUGAAAUUCCGGCGGGCCUCGCGGCUGACUCGGACUAGUAGCUUCUUGGAGGAGGAAGAACCCCUAGAUGAAGCUGGCUUGUUUACAGCAGGGGAGCCGGGAAUGGAAGAGGAUGAUGGCAGUACACUGAUCAGGGCCGAAGAGCGUAACAAAGGCUCUGUGCCCUGGAGAGUGUACCUCUACUAUCUCCAGGCAGUGGGGGCUAAGGCAGUCCUGCUUGUUUUCCUCGUGUACAUUUGCUCGUUCCUGUUUUUCACCAUCAACAACUUCUGGCUGUCAGAUUGGUCCGAGGUGGGACUAAACACGAAUUUGACAACGCGGGAGUUCAAAGCAGUCAGCAAGCAUUAUCUGAUCGGAUAUACCUUCCUGUCCUUAUCAUCAAGCACCUUCGGUUACCUCACCAGCGUUGCAACCUUUCUCUCUUCGCUGGCGGCCGGCAAGAGAAUCCAUCAGAAAGUGCUACAAAACAUCACCCAGUCACCCGUGCGGUUCUUUGAUACAACCCCAAUCGGUAGAAUCCUUAAUCGAUUCUCUGUGGAUACAAAGCUGGUUGAUCAGACCAUCGGCAGUACUCUAUCCCUUGUAAUGCAGUUCACCCUCUCGACUGUCGCUGGCCUGGUGAUCAAUGUAAUCUCCGCCCCUUUCUUUAUCGUGGGCCUUAUCCCACUUAGCGUACUCUAUUGGUACGUGACGUCCUAUUACAUCUCCACGUCACGGGAGGUCAAGCGUCUUGAGAGUGUCUCGCUCUCACCAGUCUACUCUCAAUUCACCGAGACCAUAUCUGGACUUGCAACCAUCAGAGCCUACAACAAACAAGCUUGCUUUGCAGGAGUUGCCAUGGACAAGAUCAACACUAGCACCCUGACCAGCCUCUUUCGGCAGGGCUCCAAUUUCUGGCUUCAGUUCCGUUUGGGUUUCAUUGGAGCCAGCAUUAUCUUUCUCAGCGGUACCGUAGCCAUCUGUACUUUUUUUGCGGGCAAGAUAGACCCAAGUCUGGUCGCCUUGACAGUGACGGUGUCGCUCUUCUCUUCACAGCAGCUGAUGCAGCUGGUAACCCAGUCAGCCGAGCUGGAGAUGCAGAUGAAUGCCAUUGAGCGACUCAAGUACUUUGCCGAGCUCCUUCCGGAAAAGCAAGAAGGAGUUUUCGACCCACCAGAUGAUUGGCCCUUCAUCGGUGACAUCACAGUUAGAAAUCUGGAAGUGCGUUACGCUAGAGAGCUGGAGCCCGUCUUGCAAGGCGUUAAUCUGCGAAUCAAAGGAGGCGAAAAGGUCGGCAUCUGCGGUCGAACCGGAAGUGGGAAGUCGUCAAUGAUGCUAGCCUUAUUCCGCAUCAUUGUAAAGACAAUGGGAGAUAUAUACAUCGACGGUGUCAACAUUGAUCACGUUCCCCUCGCUGUGCUCAGACAAAGACUCUCAAUUGUACCUCAGGACCCAACACUCUUCACGGGAACCGUGCGUUUCAACUUGGACCCUUUUGAACAGUGCUCAGAUGAAGAAAUAUGGGCCGCGAUAGGUAUUGCCCAGCUGAAAGGAACAGUGUCCAACCUGCCUAAUGGUCUAGAUUCUGAGGUGACUGAGGGGGGAGAGAAUUUCAGCGUAGGUCAGCGGCAGCUGUUCUGUCUGGCUCGCGCCUUCCUGCGCAAGUCUCGUAUCCUCAUCAUGGACGAGGCGACCGCCUCCAUCGAUAAGGAAAUGGACGCCGUUCUUCAAGAUGUCCUGUUCACUGCAUUCGCCGACAAAACGGUGCUGACAAUAGCUCAUCGGGUAUCGACCAUUCUCAACUAUGACACCAUCGUCGUCCUUAGCGAGGGUAAGGUUGCUGAAUGGGAUACUCCGAACGCUCUUCUGGAGAAGAAAGACAGCAUUUUCGCUUCCCUCGUUAACAAGGACAAAUAGGAGUCAAAGAUCAGUACUGUCUCAAGUUACCUGCAUCUGGUUUCUCAUGCUCUUUGCAAGAGUACGCUGUAUCUACAAUUUAUAAAGUUUACUCUGCGAUUCGUUUGCUUUGUUGGUCCAACACUACGAUUUCAGCACUAUCAUUUUUAAUCCAACACAACAGAGUGGUGAUCCAAAUUGCAUGAUUUUCUAUCUAGCGCCACAUGGUGUUAACUAAUUAAAACCAAUCGUUUUCAGCUCUACAGCACACAUUAUUUAGUCAAACAUCGCUGGCACCAUCUGAUACUGCGACCAUACGUACCCUAAACUCGAGUAAGGUACUAGAGAUGAUGAUGAUUAAGUUUUUGCGGGAUGAAUAUAUCGAUGACACGAUAUCAACUAUCCAACGGAUGCGUUGACAGAGACAAUAAGCAGUGAGCCGAAUACAUGUACAGCUUUCUGCUUGCAAAUUUUGUGGCGCUGACUAGCCUCGCUUAUAAGUUUGCCUGCUAUAUUGCAUCACACGAUAAUAUAUUAGCAUCACAGUUUGAGCAUGGCUAUUUUGCUGCACAGGCCGCACUUAUAGGUAGCGGUAGGUCGUUGGAUCCGGUGAUUAAUUAGGCACGCUUUUAAUACUUUUCAAACUUUUGUGUAAGACACUAAUGGUUCCACGAAGAAUGGCUCGACAAACAAUUUUUUCUACAUGUGGAAAAAGUAUGUGGUAAAAUUGUCCCUAAAGAUAAUAUAUGUUUAUGUAAUGUUGACUUUUGGUUUCUUUUAAUUGAAUGGUGUAAAUGUAGUUAAGAAUUCAUAGCAUUCCUUUGCUUACGAAUUUGACCUGCAGGUUGCGUUUCCAUGGAAAAUAUGUAUGAUUACGUAGUUUUUGAAAUCAAUAAACAAAAUGUCUCAAGUCAA